AUGGUCUCCAAGCGGGUCACGUUCGAGGCAACGACAAACAUAGCCGCUGAGCCAUCUCACGGGUUGCUCACAGCGUGCAUUUCCCUGUGCAGCCGCGAUGCCGCGUGGGGCCAAGGACGCCUCCGUUCAAUUCAGAAGCAUCCCAAUGGAGCACAUUCUAAAGUUCUCGUAAACUUGCUUCUGAACGUUGUUUUCCUGACUACUGAACAAGCGAAGCCGUCGGGAGGUCCGACGUCCCUCCUUUCUUUCGAGCUGACCGUCGUCAACAUGGGCGAACACGACGCUAGUUUGGGGACGCUCUUCAUUGGCAUCGUAUUCAACACUUGGCUGUUUGGGCUGGUUACAUACCAGUUCUGCUCUUACUGGUCGAGUAACAUGAAAGAUACACGAGUUUUCAGUAUUUUGCUGGUCACAGUGUUUAUCACGGAUGCAGCUGCGAGCGCUAUGAUGAUAUAUGUGGCCUGGUUUCUUCUCAUCGAGGGGUAUAAUCAACCCAUCACCGAAUCGAUUUACGCGAAGUUCUGGCCUCUUCAUAUCAAUCCCAUGUCGAUAGGGUGGUCGGCUUUCGUGACGCAGAUGUAUCUUAUCCGACGGUUUCAUCGACUAGCUUCGAAGAGACUUCUGGCUAUCGCGCUCGCCGUUUUGGCAACGUCUUGUCUUGGUCUCUCAAUCGGGUUUACAGUCCGAUCGUUCACAACACAGCUGCACCUGCAGCAGUCGCAGGUUCCAUCAAUCGCGCCACAGGCAACAUCGUGGCUCAUCUUAACAUGUAUCACGGAUUGCUUCGUCACAGGCUUUCUCGGUGUAGCACUCUUGAGGCUUCGCACUGGAAUCGAGAGAACCGACCAUAUCAUAUAUCGGACCUUGAGAGGUGCAGUCCAGACAGGAGUUUUUGCUGGAAUCUUCACUUUGGGAUCUACAAUCUUCACGUUCGUUUGGCCUACUUCAUUUAUGGAGCUAACUUUUGCGAUUCCUGCGGGAAACGUGUACACCAUCACUCUCUUUUAUUCGGUUCUCCUGAGGAGAGAGUCAGUUGAACAUCGCGCUGGUGAUGGCCGUGGCAUGGAAUUACCUACGUCUCGCGCAAUGCAGCUUACGUCUGUAAUCAGUAUUGAUCAGGGCGCGGUCUUCAAGCAAUCCACGGUAGUAAGAGAGAAUACGACGAUACCAAAUGCUUGAGAGUGAUCUGCUUUUUUCGCCACUGCUGCUGAUCUGGGUUAUGAUCAGCGCUUGCGGAUGUUAUUAUAAAACAAGAUUCUACUUAUACGCCCG